CUCAAACUGGGCAAGUGAAUCAGUCUCAAUUCUCCGGAGUCCGAAGAAAUGAAUAGUCGUGGUUCCAAUAACACUUUCCGAUCUCGAAUUUCAUUUCUAAUGCUCUCUAUGUUCUCUGCUAUGGCUGCUCUUUAUGUUGCCGGCAGUUACUCUUGAGAAGCGAAUUGGCCUAUGCGAGCUUUACUAAGCGGAGCCCAUGUAUUUAGUCCUGGAUAAGGGAGGAGGGGUUGUGGCUGGACUCGGAGAAUAGGGUAUAUCUUAUUCAAGAGCUUGAUAGGAGAACCGGACAGAAUCGGAUAGGCUCUACAAAGAUCAAGGUGGAUAUCAUGUCUGGAUUAAGAUAACUGACUAUGAGGGUCGUUCGGCUAUAUCAGUAGAUGAUACAUUGAAGAUCAUAACCUGCAGGCUGAUGAUUUCUUUGCCAGGGAACAACAUAAGAGGCUAGCUGCACUUCAGAUGGAACUGGGUAAAGCCAGUCAGGAAGGUUUUGUAUCGAAGCAUCUACUGGAUAACAAUGGGAAGGAUUCAAAGAAAAAGCUUCUAGCUGUUGUAGGUGUCUCUACAAAGUUUGGCAACAAGAAAAACAGAGAUGCAAUUCGCAAAGCAUGGAUGCCUACUGACUGGAUUGCUGUUGAAUUCCCUAGCAAUAUCAUUGAUCUUGUCCUAAUCAGAAGUAUCUGCAGUGCUGCUCUUAAAAAAUUAGAGGAGGAGAAAGGUAUCGUAAUACGAUUCGUCAUAGGAAGAAGUUCAAAUCGUGGAGACAGUUCAGAUAGAGCCAUUGAUGAUGAGAGCAGGCAUUCCAAUGACUUCAUCAUUCUUAAUGAUCAUGUGGAGUCCCCCCAAGAGCAAUCAAAGAAAACAAAGUCAUUUUUUGCUCAUGCUGUUCAGCAUUGGGAUGCUGAGUUUUAUGCCAAGGUCAACGACAAUGUCUAUGUUAAUUUAGAUGCUGUUGGAACAGUACUUGCCAGCUAUUUGGAUAAGCCUCGUGCCUACAUAGGGUGUAUGAAAUCUGGCGAAGUUUUCUCACAGCCGGAACAGAAAUGGUAUGAACCAGAGUGGUGGAAAUUUGGGGAUGGAAAAUCAUACUUCAGGCAUGCGUCCGGUGAAAUAUUUGCCAUAUCAAAGGCGUUGGCUCAAUUUAUUUCUAUCAACAGAUCAAUACUUCGCACAUAUGCUCAUGAUGAUGUGAGUGCUGGAUCCUGGUUCAUCGGCGUUGAUGUGAAGCAUGUUGAUGAAGGGAAGUUCUGCUGUUCUUCAGGGUCUGUUUGCGCAGCAGCUUGAUUGGAUUGCCUCUUUUAGUACAUAAGGAGAAUCAGUCACUGGAGAACAUUCAAUUUGGGAAGACCAUAUCAUUUUUGCUGCAAUUUGCUUCUGGUGCCCUGAGCAAAGGUGCUUGAAGUUUUUUAACUCCAAUCUUGAAGAGCCCUGUGGUAGAGAGAGCAAACCCUUAGUUUAGGACACCACCGUGCCCUCGAGGAAUGUACAAAGUGUUGUUGGAGUAUAGGAACUGUAGUCAGAAAAGUUCUCUGUGUGAUAAUGUAUUCAUAGAGUGCACAUUGUCCAUUAUUUUAUCAUGUACUAUUGAUAUCAUUUUCUGGAGAUAUAGAGUUCGUUGCACUAUGUGGGGAUGCUGAGUCACUUAA